AUGGCCCGCAUUAGUUUUGUUGGGACUGGCUGCAAUAUAUAUAUAUAUAUUUCAAAAUUCCGAUCCCUUUAUAAAUUUUGGAAGGUUGACUCAAACAGUAUUCUAAGAUCAUUUGCUCGCCACUCCCGCGUGCUUCUAGCCCAAACAACCCAACAAACUAUACAUAACUACAAAAGGUUCAUUGCUCUGCAAUCGCUGACAAUUCCUUUUAAGAAGAAUAUAAUGACAACAGAUUACACAACGUUGCACACUGGCUUGCCAGAACAUUUCUUGGGGCUCAAUUCCGUUGAACGUGCCGAGCCAGGUAAGGUUACUGAUUUUGUCAAGAAAAACCAAGGUCAUACCGUUAUUACCCGUGUCUUGAUUGCCAACAAUGGUAUAGCUGCUGUCAAGGAAAUCCGAUCCGUCAGAAGAUGGGCCUAUGAAACUUUUGGCGACAACAGAGCCAUUCAAUUUACAGUAAUGGCUACUCCAGAAGAUUUGCAAGCCAAUGCUGAAUAUAUUCGAAUGGCUGACCAAUUCGUCGAGGUUCCAGGUGGAACCAACAAUAACAAUUAUGCCAACGUCGACUUAAUUGUGGAAAUAGCAGAAAGAACAGACGUACAUGCCGUAUGGGCCGGUUGGGGCCAUGCGUCAGAAAACCCAUUAUUGCCAGAGAAGUUGGCCGCUUCUCACAAGAAAAUCGUGUUUAUAGGGCCACCAGGUUCUGCCAUGAGAUCUCUUGGUGAUAAGAUCUCUUCUACCAUUGUCGCUCAACAUGCCGAUGUCCCAUGUAUCCCAUGGUCUGGUACUGGUGUCGAUGAAGUUCAAGUUGAUCCUAAAACCAACUUGGUUUCCGUUUCGGAUGAAGUUUACCAAAAGGGUUGUUGUACCCUGCCUGAGCAAGGUCUUGAAAUGGCAAAGAAGAUUGGUUUCCCAGUCAUGGUUAAGGCCUCUGAAGGUGGUGGUGGUAAAGGUAUCAGAAAGGUUGACAAUGAAAAGGACUUUAUUACUUUGUACAAACAAGCCCUGAACGAAAUACCCGGAUCUCCUAUCUUCAUUAUGAAGCUUGCUGGUGAUGCCAGACAUUUGGAAGUCCAAUUAUUGGCCGAUCAAUACGGUACUAACAUCUCUUUGUUUGGUCGUGAUUGUUCUGUUCAAAGAAGACAUCAAAAGAUUAUCGAAGAAGCUCCAGUCACAAUUGCCAAGAAGGACACUUUCCGUGCUAUGGAAAAUGCCGCUGUAAGAUUAGGUAAGUUGGUCGGUUAUGUUUCUGCAGGUACCGUUGAAUACUUGUACUCUCAUUCUGAAGAUAAGUUUUACUUUUUGGAACUUAACCCAAGAUUACAAGUCGAACAUCCAACUACUGAAAUGGUUACCGGUGUUGAUCUCCCAGCUGCCCAAUUACAAAUUGCCAUGGGUAUUCCUAUGCACAGAAUCAGAGAUAUCCGUACCUACUACGGUGUUGACCCACAUACCUCUACCGACAUUGACUUUGAGUUCAAAAGUGAAAACUCUCUUGUAAGUCAACGUCGUCCAACUCCAAAGGGUCACUGUACUGCUUGUCGUAUCACUUCUGAAGAUCCUGGUGAAGGUUUCAAACCAUCUGGUGGUAACCUUCAUGAAUUGAAUUUUAGAUCAUCUUCCAAUGUCUGGGGUUAUUUCUCAGUUGGUAACCAAUCUUCUAUUCAUUCAUUUUCUGAUUCUCAAUUCGGUCAUAUUUUCGCCUUUGGUGAGAAUCGUCAAGCUUCCAGAAAGCACAUGGUUGUUGCCUUGAGAGAAUUAUGUAUUCGUGGUGAUUUCAGAACUACUGUUGAAUAUUUGAUUAAGCUUUUGGAAACCCCUGAUUUUGAAAACAACACUAUCACUACUGGUUGGUUGGAUGAGUUAAUCUCAAAGAAGCUUACUUCUGAAAGACCUGAUCCAAUUGUCGCUGUUGUUUGCGGUGCUGUUACUAAGGCUCAUAUUCAAUCCGAAGAAGAUAAGGCUGAAUACGUUGCGUCUUUAGAAAAGGGUCAAGUUCCAAACAAGAAUUUGUUGAAGACCAUUUUCCCAGUUGAAUUUAUUUAUGAAGGUUACAGAUACAAGUUCACUGCUACAAAGUCCUCAGCUGACUCGUACACCUUGUUUUUGAACGGUACUAGAUGUGUUGUUGGUGUACGUUCAUUGUCCGAUGGUGGUCUUCUUUGUGCUAUUGCUGGUAAAUCUCAUUCAGUCUAUUGGAAGGAGGAAGCAUCUGCUACUAGAUUGUCCGUUGACAGUAAGACCUGCUUGUUAGAAAUUGAAAACGAUCCAACCCAAUUGAGAACCCCAUCUCCAGGUAAGUUGGUGAAGUUUUUGGUUGAAAGUGGAGACCAUGUCGUCGCUGGCCAACCUUAUGCCGAAGUUGAAGUCAUGAAGAUGUGUAUGCCUUUGAUUGUUCAAGAGAAUGGUGUUGUUCAACCAAUUAAGCAACCUGGUUCUACUGUUAAUGCUGGUGAUAUUUUGGCCAUUUUAGAUUUGGAUGAUCCAUCCAAGGUUAAGCACGCUUUACCUUUCGAAGGAACUUUACCUGACUUAGGUGAUGCUAUUAUCCAAGGUACUAAGACCGUCCACAAGUUUGAAUUCUAUGCUUCUAUUUUGAGACACAUUUUGGCUGGUUAUGAUAACCAAGUGAUUUUGAACUCAACCUUGAAGAACUUAGUUGAGAUCUUAAAGGACAAAAACUUGCCUUACUCUGAAUGGAACCAACAAGCUUCUGCCUUGCACUCUCGUUUACCUGUCAAGUUAGAUGAAAGUUUGACUUCUUUGAUUGAAAGAACCGAACUGAGAGGUGCUGAUUUCCCAGCUCGUCAAAUUCUUAAAUUGAUUCAAAAGACUGCUAAUGAUCCUUCUACUGAUGCUUCAUUCAGUGAAGUUAGUGCACCAUUGAUUCAAAUUGCUCAACGUUACUCUGAUGGCUUGCUUGAACACGAAUACAGUUUCUUCUCCCAACUCAUCAACGAAUACUAUGAAAUCGAAAAGAACUUCUCCGGUAACAAUGUUCGUGAAGAAGAUGUUAUUUUGAGACUUCGUGAUGAAAAUAAGUCUGACUUGAGCAAGGUCAUUGGCUUUGCUUUAUCUCACUCCAGAGUCAGUGCCAAGAACAACUUGAUUUUAGCUAUUUUGGAAGUUUACCAACCAGUUAUGCAAUCUUCCUCCAGUACUGCUGCUGGUAUUCGUGAAUCAUUGAAGAAGAUUGUUGAAUUGGAAAGCAGAGGUACCGCUAAGGUUACUUUGAAGGCCAGAGAAAUCUUGAUUCAAUCUUCUUUGCCAUCUAUUCAAGAAAGAUCUGAUCAAUUGGAACAUAUCUUGAGAUCUUCUGUCCUUCAAACAUCCUACGGUGAAAUGUAUGCUAGACACAGAGAACCAAAGCUUGACAUCAUUAAUGAAGUUGUCGACUCCAAGCACACUGUUUUUGAUGUCUUACCCCAAUUCUUGCGUAACCAAGAUGAAUGGGUUGCUAUUGCUGCUGCCGAAGUUUAUGUUCGUCGUGCGUAUAGGGCUUACUCAUUAGGUCCAAUCACCUACAGUUUCCACGAUCAAUUGCCAGUUGUUGAAUGGAAAUUCCGUCUCCCAAGUUUGGAUGCUACCAACACCAACAAUGUUCCAAAGACUAACGAAGCCACCAAGAUCAACCGUGCUGCUUCUGUUUCUGACUUGUCAUUUGUUGUCGACAACAAGAAGCAAUUAAUCACAAGAUCUGGUGUUUUGGUUCCAGCUAGACAUAUUGAUGACGUUGAUGACAUGCUUUCUGCUGCUUUGGAAAAAUUACAACCAUCCGACGUCAUUACCUUUGAAGCUAAGACUAAGGAAGAAGCUCCAGAAUUUUACAAUGUUGUUACUAUGAUGAUCACUAGUAUUGAUGGUUAUGUUUCAGAAGAAGAAGUUUUGGCUAAGAUCGAUGAAGUCAUUGAAGAAUUCAGAGAUGAUCUUACUGGCGCUGGUGUUCGUCGUAUCACUUUUGCAUUUGCUCACAAUGUCGGUUCUUACCCUAAAUACUACACUUUCACUGCUCCUGAGUACAAGGAAAACAAGGUUAUUCGUCAUAUCGAACCUGCUUUGGCUUUCCAAUUGGAAUUAGGUAAGUUGAACAACUUCGACAUUAAGCCAAUUUUCACUGACAAUAGAAACAUCCAUGUUUAUGAAGCAGUUGGAAAGAAUGCACCAUCUGACAAGAGAUUCUUCACUAGAGGUAUUGUUAGAACCGGUGUUAUGCGUGAUGACAUCAGUAUCAGUGAAUAUUUGAUUGCCGAAUGUAACCGUUUGAUGUCCGACAUUUUGGAUGCCUUGGAAGUUAUUGACACUUCUAACUCCGAUCUUAACCAUAUUUUCAUUAACUUUUCUUCUGUUUUCAAUGUUCUCCCUGAGGAAGUUGAAGCUGCUUUUGGUUCAUUCUUGGAAAGAUUCGGUAGAAGAUUAUGGAGAUUGAGAGUUACUGGUGCCGAGAUCCGUAUUUCAUGUACUGAUCCAACCACGGGUACUUCAUUCCCAUUGAGAGCUAUUAUCAACAAUGUUUCUGGUUAUGUUGUGAAGUCUGAAUUGUACAUGGAAGUCAAGAACACUAAGGGUGAAUGGGUAUUCAAGUCUAUUGGCCAACCUGGAUCCAUGCACUUGAGACCAAUUUCUACUCCUUACCCAGCAAAGGAAUCAUUACAACCUAAACGUUACAAGGCCCACAACAUGGGUACUACUUAUGUAUAUGAUUUCCCAGAGUUGUUCCGUCAAAGUACUAUUUCCCAAUGGAAGAUCCACUCCGCUUCUGCUAAGAUCCCUGAUGAUGUUUUCACUUCUUUGGAAUUAAUUCCUGAUGAAAAUGGAGACUUGACUGCUGUCGAACGUGAAGCUGGUUGUAACAAGAUUGGAAUGGUUGGUUUCCAGUGUGUCGCUAAGACUCCAGAAUAUCCAAGAGGUCGUCAAUUUAUCAUCAUUGCAAAUGAUAUUACCCACAAGAUUGGUUCUUUCGGUCCUGAAGAAGAUUACUACUUCAACAAAUGUACCGAAUUAGCAAGAGAAUUGGGUAUCCCAAGAAUUUACCUCUCUGCCAACUCUGGUGCUAGAAUUGGUAUUGCUGAUGAAUUAGUCCCAUACUUUAAGGUUGCUUGGAAUGUUGAAGGUGCCCCAGAAAAGGGUUUCAGAUAUUUGUACUUGACUUCUGAAGAUAGAAAGGUUAUCGAUGAAGAUGGAAAGGGCGAAACUGUUAUUACUGAAAGAUCUGUUGAAGAUGGUGAAGAAAGACAUGUUAUUAAAUCUAUCAUUGGUGCUGAAGAUGGUUUAGGUGUUGAAUGUCUUAAGGGUUCUGGUUUGAUUGCCGGUGCUACUUCUAGAGCUUACAAGGACAUUUUCACCAUCACCUUGGUUACUUGUAGAUCUGUUGGUAUUGGUGCUUACUUGGUCAGAUUAGGUCAAAGAGCUAUUCAAAUUGAAGGUCAACCAAUUAUUUUAACUGGUGCUCCUGCUAUUAACAAGUUGUUGGGUAGAGAAGUCUACUCUUCCAACUUGCAAUUGGGUGGUACUCAAAUUAUGUACCGUAAUGGUGUUUCUCAUCUCACUGCUACUGAUGAUUUGGCCGGUAUUGAAAAGAUCAUGGAAUGGAUGUCCUUCAUUCCUGCUAAGCGUGGUAUGCCAGUUCCAAUUUUGGAAUCUAAGGACUCUUGGGACAGAGAAAUUGACUAUUACCCAACCAAGGAUGAACCUUUCGACGUUCGUUGGAUGAUUGCUGGUCGUGAAUUAGAAGAUGGUGAAUUUGAAUCUGGUUUGUUCGAUAAGGACUCUUUCACAGAAACUUUGUCAGGAUGGGCUAAGGGUGUCGUUGUUGGUAGAGCUCGUCUUGGUGGUAUUCCUAUUGGUGUCAUUGGUGUCGAAACUAGAACUGUCGACAACUUGUUCCCUGCUGAUCCUGCUAACCCAGAUUCUACUGAAGUUAUGAUUCAAGAAGCUGGUCAAGUUUGGUACCCUAACUCUGCUUUUAAGACCGCACAAGCUAUUAACGAUUUCAACAAUGGUGAACAAUUGCCAUUGAUGAUCUUGGCAAACUGGAGAGGUUUCUCUGGUGGUCAACGUGAUAUGUACAAUGAAGUUCUUAAGUAUGGUUCUUUCAUCGUUGAUGCUUUAGUUGAUUUCAAACAACCAAUUUUCACUUACAUUCCUCCUCAUGGUGAAUUGAGAGGUGGUUCUUGGGUUGUCGUUGACCCAACCAUCAACCCAGACAUGAUGGAAAUGUAUGCUGAUAUUAACUCUAGAGCUGGUGUUUUGGAACCAGAAGGUAUGGUUGGUAUCAAGUACAGACGUGAUAAGUUAUUGGCUACCAUGGAAAGAUUAGAUACUAAGUACGCUGACUUGAAGAAGAAGUUGGCUGACAAGAACUUGCCAGCUGACGAACACUCUGAAGUUUCUAAGCAAUUGGCCACUCGUGAAAAGAACUUGUUACCAAUUUACGCUCAAAUUUCUGUUCAAUUUGCUGAUCUCCAUGACAGAUCUGGUCGUAUGUUGGCAAAGGGUGUUAUUAGAAAGGAACUUAAGUGGCAAGAUGCUCGUCGUUUCUUCUUCUGGCGUUUACGUCGUCGUUUGAACGAAGAGUACUUGUUGGCACUCAUUGGAGAACAACUUCCUACUGCAAGCAAGUUGGAAAAGAUCGCCAGGGUUAAGAGUUGGAUGCCUACUGUUGACUACGAAGAUGAUCGUGGUGUUAGUAACUGGAUCGAAGAAAACCACACUAAGUUGCGUGGUUUCAUUGAUGAAGUCAAGCAAGAAGCUUCUCGUAGAAAGCUUGACCACCUUUUGAAGGAAAAUCCUUCAAAUGCUAUUAACGCCAUCAAGGAGUUCAUGUCUACACUUUCAGACUCCCAAAAGGCAAAGCUUACUAAGGCUCUCAAAUAAACUAUUGAGUUUAGAUACAUUUUAUAUUUAUUACAUG